ACCCGCUCCACCGGGCACCGGGCCGGCCGCCGCCGCACGCACGCAAGCACCUCAAAGCACCGCGCCCCGCGUCCACCAUGGCUUCUCCACGGCACUCGUUCCUCGUCCUCGCGGCCGCGGCGGCCGCGCUUGUUGUCUCCGCCACGGCGGCGGAGCUCGCGACCGUCCACGGGCGCGUGGCGGCGGAGUGGGCGCGGUCGGUGGCGGCCGACGAAGGGUCGUGCUGGGGCUCCCCGGAGGAGCUCCCUGUCGUUUACGGCGUUGGCGGCGGCGCGGCGAAGGGGCUGCGGCGGCUGCAGUACUACUACGACGUGAACACCGCCGCCAGCCUGCUGCCGACGCCGUACAUCAGCUACAGCGCGCUGAUGCGGGACUCGGUUCCGUGCUCCGUGCCGGGCGCGUCCUACUACAACUGCCAGCCGGGCGCCGACGCCAACCCCUACACGCGCGGCUGCUCCGCCAUCACCCAGUGCCGCGACUAGCUAUAGCUUUCUUUGUAAGUUUUCCCAUGGCAUUGCACCCUCGCCGUGGGUUCCUGCUGUGAGUGUUGAUCUCUCCCCUCGUCUGGCCAUCAGCUUGAUGGCCUCAUUGCCUCAAGGGAGAGGGCUGCUAAGCUCUAGCGUUGCGAUCCCAUGUCGUCGAUCAUCUUUGGCAAUUUUAGCCAUAAUGUAGGGUUUGAUCCCAU